UACAUAUCAAGUCCAAACAAAUGAAAUCCUCUCUGGUUUAAGGGUCCACAAAAGAUGAGGAGGAGGAAGAAGGAGCUCUUCCUCCUCCAUCCCUGCAGUAACUCCUCUUCGUCAUCGGCAUCCUGCAGGCAAAACGUCGACAAAAAGCUGCGGCGGAAUCCCGUGACGUCACGCCUGCUAAAGUGGUUGCUACGGUGACAAGAGGAAAGUGGGAGGAGAGGGGGGCGCGUCCUCGUCCUCCGACGUCACUGUACCACGUGGGGUGCAUAAAUACUCUGGUGCGCUCCAGUGUUGAACGACACUGCGGAGCGGAGCGCGGAUCAGAGCGCACGGUUCUCAAACGUCUGCGCGCGUCCGGGAAGAGCACGACACGGAGUAGGCGAGGAAAAAAUAAACUGAGGAGAUUUUCUUUUCGUUACUUUUUUAUCGUCCAUUUGGAUAAUCGUUCAACAACCAUGGCUGUGACGGAGGCUGGCUGUGACCUGACGUACUGCAAGAUGCGGGGGAUUGUCGCCGUCCUCGCGGCCUUCAUCAAGGAGAGGAAAAUGGGUCUGAACGACUUCAUCCAGAAGCUGGUGUCCACGCCGCACAUCUGCCAACAUGUUGAAGUGAACAGUCUGCUGAAGAUUGAUGAGAACCAGAAUGAAGAAGUAGAGAAUGGCCCACAUCCUGCAACUUCGAUGUGCCUGAGUUCACGGAGCUCCCUGGUCGAGGACACUCAGAUCAAACCCUGUCUCUUUGACUACUUGAAAAUCAUCGGUAAAGGCAGCUUUGGGAAGGUUCUUCUGGCUCGACACAAAGAGUCCACAAAGUACUACGCGGUCAAAGUGCUGCAGAAGAAAAUCAUCCUGAAGAAGAAGGAGCAAAAGCAUAUCAUGGCGGAGCGCAGCGUCCUGAUGAAGAACAUCAAGCAUCCCUUCCUGGUGGGGCUGCACUACUCCUUCCAGACCACCGACAAGCUCUACUUCGUGCUGGACUACGUCAACGGUGGAGAGCUCUUCUACCACCUCCAGAGGGAGAGGGUCUUCCUGGAGCCCAGAGCCCGCUUUUACGCUGCUGAAAUCGCCAGCGCGCUCGGCUACCUCCACUCCCUGCACAUCGUAUACAGGGACCUGAAGCCUGAGAACAUCCUGUUGGACUCACAGGGACACAUUGUCCUGACCGACUUUGGACUCUGCAAAGAAGGUCUGGAUCCCAACGGAACCACCACCACCUUCUGUGGAACACCUGAGUACUUGGCUCCUGAAGUUCUCCAGAAGCAGGCGUACGACCGGACCGUGGACUGGUGGUGCCUGGGCUCGGUGCUCUACGAGAUGCUCUACGGACUUCCUCCGUUCUACAGUCGUAACACAGCAGAGAUGUACAACAACAUCCUGCACAAAGCUCCGAUGCUGAAGCCCAACGUGUCAAACUCAGGCCGGGAACUGUUGGAGGGUCUCCUGCAGAAGGACCGCACCAAGAGGCUGGGAGUCAAGAACGACUUUCUUGAACUCAAGUUCCACUCCUUCUUUUCUCCGAUCAACUGGGACGACCUGAUGGCCAAGAAGAUCACGCCUCCGUUCAUUCCCUCUGUGAGUGGUCCCACUGACCUGCGACACUUUGAUCCCGAGUUCACGCACCUGCCCGUGUCCUCGUCCCUGUGCACCGACACCCUGACUGUGACCAGCAGCGUCAGGGAAGCUGCCGGAGCCUUCCCGGGGUUUUCUUACGGACCUCCUGCGGAGCACAGCUUCAUGGGAGACAUGGUCGUUUCCACCGACCUUUCCUGAGAACGGACCAGAAACAGAACAGGAAUCUCAGGAGGGACAAAGACUUUUUACUUUUUAUUUUUGGACCAGUCAGGGAUCAGUUAAUGGAUUAAAAACAAAA